AUGCAAACUGUCUGUUUGGGACUGCUUCUUUUCAGCGUGACUUGGGCAGCACCAACAUUUCAGCCACAGACUGGGAAAACCAAGGAUGACUGUGUGGAAGAACAGAGGAUAACGUACAAAGGCCACCAUGAGAAACAUGGGUAUUAUAUUUUUAAGUACGUUUACACAUCAUCGGGGAGGAAAAAUCAAACUGACAUAAAGCAGGAAGAAAAAAACAAAGACAAUACUGCCCUUCAAAAUUCUGGUAAGAGAAGAAAUCAAGAGCCAGCACCUAAAGAAAACAUUGCCCGGGAAAGAGAGAAAAACUUGUCCAUUCUUGGAGCCAGUGAAAAUAAAGAAAGUAGCAAAACCCAAACUCUUUUUGAAAACAUACAGACCACAAAUGAAGUUGAUAGCAUUAAUAACAAAGAAAAUGCCCACAGUGACCUAAAGAUGUCCGUUUACCUUGAAUCCCCUGGGAAUAAUGGGGCCGAGGAUAAAGAUAAUGCUAUCAACAAAUCACAUGACCAAGAAGAAUAUGGUACAGCUCUCAUCAGAAAUAAUAUGCAACAUAUAAUGGAGCCAGGGACUGUGACUGAACUCUUGGCAGAAGAAAACAAAGAGAACAAACCCAGAAACAUUCUAAGCAAAAUUCCAGCAAGUGUGAACUAUGUUAAAAUCCCCUCAAAAAAUAGGAAGAAUUAUCAAAGAGAUCCUCAAGCCCAGAAUAUUCCAGUUAAAAGCAAAAGCACCCAUCAUACCCAACACAACAUUGACUAUCCAAAACUGCUCCAAAAAGUCAAAAAAAUCCCCAGUGAUUUUGAAGGCAGUGGUUACCCAGAUCUUCAAGAGAGGGGGGACAAUGAUAUCUCUCCUUUCAGCGGAGAUGGUCAACCUUUUAAGGACAUUUCUGGUAAGGGAGAACCUAUUGGUCCUGACCUAAAAGGUGCAGAUAUACCAACAGAGUCUUCUGGCCCACGUGAAGCUGAUACUAUCAGUCCUGAUGCAAGAAGGCCAGGUUAUAAUGAGAUCCCAGAAAGAGAAGAAAGUGGUGGAAGUACCACUGGAACCAGGGAUGAAACAAGAAAAGAGGCAAGCACUGAUGUAAGCCUAGUAGAGGGCAGCAACGAUAUCAUAGGUAGCACCAACUUUAAGGAACUCCCUGGAAAAGAAGGAAACAGAGUAGGCGCCAACAGCCAAAAUGCUCACCAAGGGAAAGUAGAGUUUCAUUACCCUUUUCCACCCUCAAAAGAGAAAAAAGCUGAAGGCAGUAGUGAUGUAGCUAAAAGUCCUAAUUAUAAUGAAAUUCCAAAAAAUGGCAAAGGUAGUAGUAGAAAAGAUACAGAGCAUUCUAAUAGGAAUAAAGUAAUCUCAACUGAAAAACAAAGAUUUCCCACUAAGGGCAAAAGUCAGAGCCAGCUUGUUCCUUCUCAUGAUCUUGAUAACGAAAUUAAAAAUGAAAUAGGUUCCCAUAAUGGCCUCAAUAAUGAGGACACUAUAAUAACACAGAGCAGAAAAAAUCAUUAUGUGCCCCACAGACAAAAUUCUACAUGGAAUAAGAGUGUGCCAAAGAGGAAAGGCUCCUGGGGUUACAGAAAACCCCAUUCCAGGAGAAGGGUGAGCCCCCCUAGAAGGCAUGAUAGUAGUGAAUCAUCUGACAGUGACAGUUCCAGUGAGAGUGAUGGUGACUAG